AUGGCAGAUAUAUAUAAAGAUGGAUAUACUGAGAAUUAUGACAAUAUCAACUUAAUUUCACCAUAUAUGGACUCUAAGAUGCUACUUUACAUUGUCAAGUGGCUCAAAGGGAGAAAUAUAUAUUACGAGAAGUCUGUACUAUCGAUGGAGGUGCAAAUCUUAAAGACUACCCAUUUGUAUGAUGAGAUGAGGAAGUUGGAUUCAGUAGAUCUAGCUGAAACACUUGCAAAGGAGAUAGAGAACACUGAAACAAUGGAAUCUUUGGCGCAGUCAUUAAAAGCAUUUAUAACAACAUUGAAGAGAUGGAAAGACAUACAUGAUGAAUCUAGCCGAAGUUUAAAGCGUAAAUCUUUGACUGAGCUUCAACAGUGGUACAUCAGUAGCUGUAAUAAUGAGAAUAUAGAGUUUGAGGAAGUAAUUAUGAGCAAUUCUGUUGGUGCAUCAAAUAUUUCGACAAAUCAGUCUAUUUUUCCACCCAAUCCAAUUCAACAGCUAUUAAGAUUAUCUAGAUUAUAUUAUUUAAGUGGGAGGUAUAAAGAGUCUCAGAAUAUGCUGGAUAUACUAUUAAAGAUCAUACCUGAGUGUACAAACAUAGAAAUACCCUUAACUACUAGAAUAGAGUGUUACUUUGGUUCAAUAGCAAAUGGUAUAGUAUCUAACUUGUCAUUAGGUGAGAAUACUAUCCAGCCAUCUAUGUAUUUAAACUAUUUCCAAUUAAUAGAUGAUACACUAUCAAGAGAAUUUCACAAGAUAAAUCCAAAGCAGGUAUAUUUAUAUAAGAGUUGGUUAGUACACUGGGCUUUAUUUCCACUAUUCAAUCAAUAUGUACGUGAAUCUUCAUUCAAUACUGAUAAAACUUUGGUAACUAGUAAUUAUACAAAUAAUUCUCAUGGUAUAAUGGGAUUAGGAAGUACAAAUUCAAAUAUAGAUACAAACUCAAAUCCAAAUAAUCCAACUAACAAUACAUGGUGCCCAUUUCUAGACUGGUUUGCAUCUGAAAGAAAUUUUCAAGUAGUUGCUAUUAUAUGCCCUCAUCUAUUUAGAUAUUUGGCUUGCUUUGGAAUUUUGAUGAGACGUCAUAAAGAUGUCUUAGAUAGUAUUGUGAAUACUCUGUCAUUCCAUAGAAAUAGCUAUAGAGAUUCAUUUACUGAAUUACUACAUAAACUAUUAGUAGAUUUUGACUUUGACUCUUCUCAAGAGAUCCUUGUAAAGUGCAACUCAAUAAUGGAGAAUGAUUAUUUUCUGUUCCCACUUCGUAAUUUUAUACAGGGUAAUGCAAGAUUACUAAUAUUUGAAAUUUAUUGUAGUAUACACAAAUCAAUAGAUUUGGAUACUAUUGCACAUGAGUUAAAUAUGACAAAUACAGAAACUGAGAGAUGGAUAGUAAAUUUAAUUAGAAAUUUGCAUCUCGAUGGAAAAUUGGACUAUGAAAGGAAUCGUGUUGAAAUGAUUGAUAGAACUAGUAACGCAUCUCAAGUUAUUUCUGAUAAGACAAGAAGUGUAUUGUUUAGAAGCAAUAUGUUGGCUCAAAAUAUUGGUAAUAAUCCCUUAUUUAAUUCAUCAAUAUCUAGCCAACAAAAAGGUAGUAAAUCUAAUGCAAGCUGGAGAGCGAAUUUGAAUAAACAAAUAAAUCGGUCUGAAAAAUGA